GGUGUUGCGGUUGCGUCUGGGGUCGCUGCGGCCGCUUCCCUGUGUGGCCGGGGGACCCGGGCUGAGCCGUCGGGCGAGGCGGCCAGGAGAAUGUGUGUGUGUCCCGGGCCCGGGCGGAUCGGCUAUUCAUUCAGGUCAAGUGUCUGACGGGCAGCUGGGCAAUUCCAGUCCGAAGCUCCAGGUUACCAUUGUUGUCUGAUGCCAUGCCAUCACCAGCUCGUCUGUUUCCAUUGAUUCGUAACUGUGAGAUUGGCAGAAUAUGCAGUACUGUGUGUUACUGCCACCAUAGACAUCUGUGUUGCUUACCCUCUCACUCUGCUCACAGUCACUUCAGAUGUGCACCUCGGAGGAAACUUGCAGCAGUUUGCAGGCCAAAGGAGAACUUUAAGCAAUUUAUUCAUGCAAGGGACUAUGCUUCCACACCACAGAGAUUUUACCUCACUCCUCCACAAGUCAACAGCAUUCUAAAGGCAAAUGAAUACAGUUUUAAAGUCCCAGAAUUUGAUGGUAAAAAUGUAAGUUCUGUCCUUGGCUUUGAUAGCAAUCAGCUACCUGCUAAUGCUCCAAUAGAAGACCGGAGAAGUGCUGCUACUUGCUUACAAACAAGAGGAAUGCUUCUGGGUGUGUUUGAUGGCCACGCAGGUUGUGCUUGUGCUCAAGCUGUCAGUGAAAGACUGUUUUACUACAUUGCUGUCUCUCUGUUACCUCAUGAGACUUUACUUGAAAUAGAAAAUGCUGUGGAAAGCGGUAGAGCUCUGUUGCCCAUAUUACAGUGGCACAAACAUCCUAAUGAUUACUUUAGCAAAGAAGCUUCUAAGCUUUACUUCAAUAGUCUGAGAACUUACUGGCAGGAGCUCAUUGAUCUCAAUAGUGGAGAGACUACUGAUGUGAAAGAAGCUUUAAUUAAUGCCUUUAAAAGGCUUGAUAAUGAUAUUUCUUUGGAGGCUCAAGUAGGAGAUCCGAAUUCUUUUCUCAACUACCUAGUACUACGAGUAGCGUUUUCUGGUGCAACUGCUUGUGUGGCUCAUGUAGAUGGUGUUGACUUGCAUGUUGCAAACACAGGUGACAGUAGAGCAAUGCUUGGGGUUCAGGAAGAAGAUGGAUCUUGGUCUGCAGUUAACCUGUCCUAUGAUCACAAUGCACAAAAUGAACAUGAAGUGGAACGUGUGAAAAUGGAGCACCCAAAGUCUGAAGAGAAAAGUCUUGUGAAACAAGACCGCCUCUUAGGCCUGCUGAUGCCUUUCAGAGCUUUUGGUGAUGUGAAGUUCAAAUGGAGUAUAGAUCUACAGAAGAGAGUAAUAGAAUCAGGCCCUGAUCAGCUGAAUGACAAUGAAUACACAAAGUUUAUUCCACCAAACUAUCAUACUCCUCCAUACCUCACAGCUGAGCCAGAAGUCAUACAUCACAAAUUAAGGCCCCAGGAUAAGUUCCUAGUUUUGGCCACAGAUGGGCUGUGGGAGACUAUGCACAGACAAGAUGUGGCUAGAAUUGUAGGGGAGUACCUAACUGGUGUUCACCAUCAACAGCCAAUAGCUGUUGGUGGCUAUAAGGUAACUUUGGGACAGAUGCAUGGUCUCUUAACAGAAAGAAGAGCAAGAAUUUCUUCAGUAUUUGAAGAUCAGAAUGCAGCAACUCACCUGAUACGUCAUGCAGUGGGUAAUAAUGAGUUUGGCACUGUGGAUCACGACCGACUGUCCAAGAUGCUUAGUCUUCCAGAAGAGUUGGCUCGAAUGUAUAGAGAUGACAUUACAAUUAUUGUGGUGCAGUUCAAUUCUCAUGUUGUAGGUGCAUGUCAAAAUGAGGAAUUAUGAGUUAUAGUUAACUAGUUACCAAAGUUGUAAUAAUGGCCAGUGUGAGCAGUGGAUUAAAAGAGCAAACAAAUUGGUCACUUAUUACAUACUAAACAUAUCUAUUGUUCCUACCUUCCCCUAGAGGUCUAAACACAUGGGAAGUGCUGUUGACAAACUUGGAAAGGGUGACACAGCUUGGAAAGAGGCUUCUGUAAUAUCUUUGCACUAUUGAUUUGACAAAUGCUGCUAGAAUGAUGUUUGGAAUCUGGCAGGGCUAGAUGAGAGAGGGAAGGAGGACACAACUAUCAAACUUCUCAGCUAUUCAAGAAACAAAGCCAAUUUCUAAACACUUGUAAAUAUCUGCACACUCUCUUAAAGAUAAGAUUAGUAAUAAGGAAAAUUAUUGAAUUCUUAUAGGGCUAAUUCUUGCAAAGUAUAUACAGUUAUUUGUGAAUAUCUGUGUUCAGUGUAACAAUGUCAUUAAAGAUAUUUGUCUAAGUGUUGACUUUCAAUGCAGAUCUAAGCCAUAAUCAAUACCUGAGAUGAUUAUAGUUUAAUCAUACUUUAUGCACAGUAACUUCUAAACUUCUUGUGCAUUGUUUCUUGGCUUGUAGGUUUCUGCACAACUUACAGGGCAAUGAUACACUACAGCAUUCAAUAAGAUCCUGGAUAACUAUUUUGAAGGACCUCAGUUUGCAAUAUGAAGAAACUUUACAGGCUUUCCAAAAAAGCCGGUGUUGUUGGCCAGAACUGUGGUGUCUUUUCCUAAAGGUCAUGUCCUUCAUGGACUCCAAUCCUGUCUGGUAUUACUUAUCUGAUGAUAAGAUAAAUUUUCAUCAGAUCACCUGUAUGUGACUUCCUUAAUCAUUGCUAAACUCUGACUUUGUAGCUUGCAGUCUUUCACUUUACCUGUUUCAGGUGAUCACAUACUGGUGUCUUGCGCUUGAACUCAUUUAUAAGUAUGUCAGGCUGAAAACUACCACUUGCAAAUUGCAAAAAGAAGACUUCUAAAUAGCUGGGAAGCUGACUAGCAUGCAUGUGUAUGUUUAAUGACUUUUUGUGGCAACUUCAUUAUUAGCAGCCAUAUGUUUCUAGGCAGCUGGUAUAUGCAUGUUCUUAAAAUCCAGAACGUUGUCACAGAACAGUCUCUUAAAUGGGUGUCUCUGCGUUGAAUAUGACCUUGAAAGGUUCUGCCCUGGACUAUAGCACGUGUGCCUGAAUUUCUUGUGACUCAUAACUAAAAAGUAGGGUCUAACAACAGAUUUAAUGGUCUUCACUGUAUCUAUUUGAGGUAUGUUACAUUGCACACAGGUUUCUUUUAACCCAUCCUUAGCUUAAAAAUGUAGUGCUGGCUGAAAUAUCAGUCCUAGGUGAUGGAGAAUGCAUGUAACGUGAGUCCUGUGUUCUGCUAUAGAAACUCUAGAACAACUAUCAGUCAGCAUAUUUUAAUUAAAACACCUCGGUAAAAUAUCUUCCACACUGUUAUCAUAGUUGAUGAAAUCAACACUAAAAAUGUAGCUUGCUGUUUUCAAUUAAGUAAUAUGGCAUUUCCUACUAAAUAAAAAUUAAGGUUGUCAAUUAUGGUUACUGUUGCAUAGGAUAUACUUAAUUUGAACAGUGAACUUGUGCUAUAGUAAACAUUGGCUUGUCAAACUUGCAAAUGCUGUGUGUAAUUACUGGCAUGAAGGUUUAACAUGUCUGUUUCUUUACCCAGUCUCAAAAUUCAGGAUCAGCUUUGCUGCAAGGUUAAUGGUAUCUAAAUUCCCCUUCAAGAUGUGAACAACCUGUCUUUAUCUGAAGGGAAAAGAGGAACUCUAAAAUGCUUAGACAAGUACUGGUUCUUAACAUUGCUUCUGUAUGUUGUGUUUUGGUGACUGUCAUCAGGAAGGUCAAUAUGUUUGUUCUUAUUCUAUCAUUCAAAUACACUGUAUCUAAACUGUUGCAGCAUUUAACUUUCUUACAUUUUUUUCUACUGUUAAGCUCUAUUACAUGUACUGAUAUAUUUAACCUAUGAUUCUUGAUAUGGUUUUGGUACAAGUCAUAACUAGAUGAGCUGAAUUCCAUGUGUACAACUUUUACUGAGGAAAAGCUGCUUUUUGUAGUAAAGCAUAUGUAUGGGGUCAAACAAUACAGUAUUUAUGUACUGCUUGGAGACUUGCUCAGUAUGUAUGCAGUGAACAGAAACAGUAUAACUGCUGAACAGAUGAUCUGAACAAACAUGUUUUAAUAGAUUCCAAUAAAACGAUCAAUUACGCAGAAA